CAUUAAUUUGAGCAAUAUACAAAGUGUCAUAUAUGAUGGUUUCCACUUCUUUUAUUGUAAUUAGCAUUCUUUUGCUAAGUAACAUCACUAGUUUGUAUAUUGUAGUCGCCACCAAUACCACGGGCAAGGGAUUGGCAACUUGGUAUAAUGAUAAUUCCGGUUCCGGAAGUGGAGCUGCUUGUGGAUGGGAGGUCGAUGUGAUAAACGCUCCAUUUAAGUCGAUGAUAGCAGCAGGAAACAAAGAUAUAUUUUUGAAUGGCAAGGGAUGCGGACAUUGUUUUCAGAUAUUUUGUUCAAGAAAACCACAAUGCUCAGGCAGACCGAUUAAUAUUACGGUUACGGAUAAGUGUCCAGGGAGGUGUGAUGAUAUAGCUUAUCAUUUUGAUUUAAGUCAGAUUGCUUAUGCUAAGAUGGCAGAGCCUGGCAAAGAACAAGAGUUAAUCAAGUUUGGCCAAGUUGACAUUCAAUACAAAAGGGUGCCGUGUAACUAUGGUAGUACAAAGAUAGCGUUCAAAAUAGACAAGAAAGCCAACCCACACUGGUUCGCGACUGCGAUUGAAUAUGUAAACGGGGAUGGUGCUAUUAGUCGUGCCGAGAUAGCACCAAAUGGUACUAAAAACUUUUCUCCUAUGGAAAUCAUAUGGGGUGCUGUUUGGAAAAAAGAUAUUGACCCGGAGAAAUUCAAAGCUCCGUAUUCUUUCAAGCUUAUCUCUGGUGAUGGGAAAACCGUGGUAGCAAGUAAUGUUAUUCCAGAAAAAUAUGCAGCUGGUCAGAAGUUCACAUCAACUGUAAAUUUUUAA